GUCAGGAGCGCGCCCGCCUUUCUAAACUUGGUCUGGAGUAGGCGCACGCUUGGCGCCGUUGAAGGUCUGUCAGCAGCUAAGGAAGCUUUUGCAGCCGGACAGGUCGCGAAGCACACAUGGGGCUGGGUCCGCGCUCUCCACACAAGGUGGGGCGCCGGUUCCCAGCUGGUGGCAAACGGGGGCGCGGGGCCAAGGGGUCGGGGCGCCCCUUACCGGGCCGUAAGCGGCAACCCUGGCCGCCUCCGGAUGGGCGCUCGGAGCCGGCUCCAGAUUCGCACCCGCACCUGAGCCCGGAAGCUCUGGGAUAUUUCCGCCGGGCGCUGUCAGCAUUGAAAGAGGCUCCCGAGACUGGGGAAGAACGAGAUCUGAUGGUGCACAAUAUUAUGAAGGAAGUAGAGACUCAGGCCCUAGCUUUGUCCACGAACAGAACUGGCAGUGAGAUGCUGCAGGAACUGUUGGGAUUCAGUCCCUUGAAACCGCUUUGUCGCGUGUGGGCUACUCUGCGCUCCAACUUGCGCACUGUGGCCUGUCACCGAUGCGGGGUCCAUGUAUUGCAAAGUGCUUUGCUACAGCUCCCUCGAUUACUGGGGAGUGCUGUAGAGGAGGAGGAGGAGGAUGGGAAGGAUGGUCCCACGGAGACCCUGGAGGAGCUGGUCCUGGGACUAGCCGCUGAGGUGUGUGAUGAUUUUCUUGUCUACUGUGGAGACACACAUGGCAGCUUCGUGGUCAGAACUCUGCUUCAGGUGUUAGGAGGGACUAUUCUGGAGUCUGAGAGAGCUAGGCCUCGUGGUUCCCAAUCAUCUGAAGCACAGAAGGCCCCAGCUCAGGAAUGUAAGCCUGCUGAUUUUGAAGUCCCUGAAACCUUUUUGAAUCGCCUUCAGGAUCUGAGCUCCUCCUUUCUGAAGGACAUUGCAGUGUUUAUCACUGAUAAGAUCUCCAGCUUCUGUCUUCAAGUGGCUUUACAGGUCUUACACCGCAAACUUCCCCAGUUUUGCGCUCAUCUCUGCAAUGCUGUGAUUGGCUACCUGAGUACUCGCAGUUCCUCAGUAGAUGGCAGUCCCCUACUGCUAUUUCUCCGAGAUCAGACGAGCUCCAGACUCCUGGAGCAGGUCCUGCUGGUGUUGGAGCCCCCAAGGCUCCAGAGCCUCUUUGAGGAGCACUUGCAGGGGCAGCUGCAGACCCUGGCUGCACAUCCCAUUGCCAACUUCCCUUUGCAGCGCUUACUGGAUGCAGUCACUACCCCUGAGCUGCUGUCCCCUGUGUUUGAGGAGCUGAGCCCUGUCCUGGAAGCUGUAUUGGCCCAGGGCCACCCAGGGGUAGUCAUUGCCCUGGUAGGGGCCUGUCGCAGAGUUGGGGCCUACCAAGCCAAGGUCCUACAGCUCUUGUUGGAGGCAUUCCACUGUGCAGAGCCCUCAUCCCGGCAAGUGGCCUGUGUGCCUCUCUUUGCCACUUUGAUGGCUUAUGAGGUGUACUAUGGACUGAUGGAGGAGGAGGGGGCAGUGCCUGCAGAGCACCAGGUGGCAGUGGCCGCAGCCAGAGCCUUGGGGGAUGUGACAGUCCUUGGGUCUCUACUGCUCCAGCAUCUACUGCACUUCUCCACUCCUGGUCUUGUACUUCGAAGUCUGGGUGCCUUGACGGGACCACAACUUCUGGCCCUGGCCCAAAGGCCCGGAAGGAAAUUGCUGCUGAGCUGGGGGAGCAGAACCAGGAGCUGAUGAGAGACCCUUUCGGCCACCAUGUGGCUCGAAAUGUGGCCUUGACUACCUUCCUAAAGCGGCGAGAGGCUUGGGAACAGCAGCAGGGUGCGGUGGCCAAGCGGAGGCGGGCAUUGAACUCCAUACUUGAAGACUGAGGCUUUGGAUCUGGGACUGGGUGUUGAUGGGGGAGGGCAAAAUGGGGUAUCCACCCCAUCCCUUUCCUGGUUUAAAUUGGAGUCAGAAGUCUUAGUGGUAAAUAUUUGAUAUUUUUAUUGGAAAUGUUUUUGUUAGUUUGGGGGGAAGGUAUGAAGACAGAUCUCAAGGUAAAGUCAGAGAGGGCUGUCAUCAGUAUGCUGGGGAGUUUAGGGACAGGAGGCAUUGGUAGGGGAUUAGAUGUAGCAGCAGUCAAGCUGGGAUCAAGAUGCCUGGGGGACAUCUUGAUCUUGGCCUUUCAGGGCAAGUGGGAGGCCAGAAAGGUGGCUAGGAAGGGACAGCAUUCUUCAGGUAAGGGUAUAGACUUGGGAUGUGAGGCGUUAUGCUGAAAGGUUCUGUCACGAGGGGAUCAGAGGACAGUGGGGAAAUUGGGUGAGUUAUCUAGCCUGUACUGUCUGCAGGUUCUGAAAUUUGAUGCUGUCAUAGUCUUUGCAGUGGGUCGCUUGGAAUGAUCCUGGGGGCAGAAGCUCAGAGCCUCUUCUUAGUAGGAAUGGAGGCGGCCCUUCUGCUGCCACUGCUCAGCCCCCUCCACUGCAUUACGAAGGGUGGAGGAAAUUCCCAGCAACAUAUGGCCCAGGCCUUGCAGCAAUGUGGAGGUCCAACGAAGGAGCUCCCUGAAGGGCAGAGACGAGGAAAUCAGAUGAUUUGGGAAACCUGGGAGGAAGCCAUCAAGCUGGGAGAUGAGGACUUUCCACAAGCAAGAGCUAGCUAGGGGUAGGUGGGUGCAAGAGGAGGGAUUAUGGGGACUAUCCAAUUGUAGGGGAUAGGGAAGUAUGACAUGUUGAUUUCUGACCUGAGUACUUUCUUUGGGCCGAGUCCUUGAAAGUCACAACUCAUGGAGUAGAGCCCGUAGAAUGUGGCUUUGACAUUCAGGCUGCCAAGGAGGUCUCGAGGGUUUUGCUUGUACACAUCAAAGGUGAUGCGGGCAAUGUCCUUGCUGUGCUUGGGCCUCUCCCGUCCCAGGCCAUAUAACAGCACUCCACUCUGUAGGACACCCUUGUCAGUGCAGUAGAUCCUCAUACCAGACACCCACCACUAAUCUCCAUCAGCACUGGGUCAGACCCUCCCUCGCUUGGACUUUCUGUCCACUGUGUGACAUUCUUGACAAUUCCACAACUCCCCCUGCACCUGAUCCCCAGGAUCAGGGUUAAGCUAGAGAGGAAGCCCGGGAAAGCUCUAAAGGACGGCCAUUGGAAGCAGCCCCAGUAUAGGCCUCUUACCCUUGUGGGGCUCCAGCUCUGACCAGAUUCCAACACCAUCAGGCACGUGUCAUCCUCCAGCAGCUGGAAGAAGUCCUCACUGUCCACUGCGGUUCCAUCCUCCUCUAGCACCAGAGUUAGCACUCCAUUCAGCAGUAGGGUCUCCAAUGCCUGCCCAAUGGCAAGAAGCAAGAAGGAAGGGCAGGUCUUAUCCCAUGCCCCUUCCCUCUUUAGCUGCCCAACAUCCAUCAGUUGGCUCUAGACAUUGGUCGAUGUCCCACCUUGACUUUGCGGCACUUUGAUACCUCCUAAAGGCUGCAGCUCUCCGUGUUCUUCAGUUUUUGGGGGAUCCUAGCUAGAGGCUGACCUUUUUCUUCUUUGCUCCUACCAUGUCAUUGGCAUCUCCCCUUGCUCCCCUCCAAGUCACUUCUGGUUUGGAAUUGGGAAGCAAGCCAGGUUCUCAUGAAGUCCACCCUUCUGUCUUAUCUACAAUGCUGCACCUCACUUCCCACACCCUCAGAGUUCUCCAGAAGUGUUUUCAGUAAUAGUGUUUAACCUUUUUGAGUCCUUACUCUGUGCCAGGUAUGAGGACUUUACCUACAUUAUCCUCUUACUCCUUUCAACAACCCUAGGAGGUGAUGUAUUAUUAUUGCCUUUGUAUAGUUGAAGAAACUGAGAUUUUGAUAGGUUGAACAACUUCCCAAGGUUUGACAGCCAAGAAGUGGCAGAAUCAGAAUUUGAACUUGAUUUGUCAUACAAAUCACCUUUCCAUACUGGCUUCUGAAUUCCAUCCCUCCAACUCUCCCUAUCUCCUGCUAACCCCUGCUCCCAUAGAAAAGCUCACUAGGUGGAAAAUGAACAAAUUGACCAGAGCUCAUUAGGUCCACCCCACUGCUUUUAGCCCUCAGAGGGAGGGGCAGCUGUGUGACUUCAGCCGUCUGCUCCAUCAUCGCAAGUUGCCACUGUUGUGGAGCCCCUUGGCUACCCCUGCUAUAGGAACCCAGGAACCUGGCCUACUUACUUUGGCUAGCAGCUCCUGGCGGGUGGCAGCUGUCAGGCCUUUCCGGAUGGUCCGCUUGUGAUCACAGACACGGAAAGGUCGCUGGGGUGGUGGAGCUGAGGUCCAGACCCUCCUUCCAAACUCCGAGCUUAUAUUAGAUACUGACCUGGUAGUUGAGAAGAAAAGUCAAGAAGGGGCGAGGAGGGCCUUGGUGAGUGUAAAGGGCAUGAUGAGGGUAGAGUGGCUAGAGGGCUAGGGAGAGAGAGAUCUAGGUUUAUAGAUUAGGGAUGAGGGAGAGACCAUGGAGUGCAGGUGGGGGUGGGUGGCUCAGGAGCUUGACAAGCCCACUGUGGAGUGGGGAGCAGGAGGAAGGGGUACUGGUUAGUCUCCUAGGGGCUGAUAUAUAUCCCCUAAAGGUGGAGGGUAGAGCGGAGGGUUAGCAGUCACCUGAGUAAGUCACUGGGGUUCAGAGCUGAGAGGUACUCCAUGGUGGACGGGAGAGUUCCUUCCCUGGAACUUCUGGGCUGGGUGGUUCUCUCCUGUGCUGGGGCUUUAAUGGUGUUUUCUGUUACAAACCUGGGAUCUCAGCCCAGGACAAGGUGGGAAUGAGUCAAGCCUGGACUCUGGCCCCCCUGCCUGGCCAGUAAGAAGGGCAAAGUCCAAGGGGAGGGAUGAGGGAGGGGACAGAUGGGGUCCUGGAGGAAGAAUUGCCUGGCAAAAGCCAUUGGAGCUUGUAUGUGUGUCUUUGGUGACGACAUGUGUUGUGAGGGUAGAUGGGAACCAUGUAAAAGGAUGAAAUGUGACUUCUGGUGUUUUUUUAUUUCUAUGAAGGGAAUUUCUGGGGACGGUUUCUGGCUCUCAGGCUCUGAGAAGCUGCAGUAUAUGUGAGUGGCUCUGUGUGUGCUGCCACCUACUGGAGAAGCUGUAAUCUGCAGCUUUAGGAAAAGGGAACCCGGGGCGGAGUGUGGGGAAGCGGGAUGGCAGCAUGGCAGGGCUUUGGAAAAUGAGAGGUGAGACUGUGUCCAGGAAGGGUGUAAGGAGAGGAUGGAUCCUGAUACAUGGAUUCAGGAUCAUUAGGGUCCUGUCUCCCUGGCCUUCCUGCUUACCUGCUCCUUCCUUCCUCCUUGGUCAAAGGAGGGGCCGGCUCAUUGCUCUGGCUUCAUUUUCCAGAACUGCCUGCUUCAGUCACACUUAGGUCAUCUUCUCUCUCACUUUUCUCCUUUUGCCAGUUAAUGGACGUGAAGGAGAUGUGAAUGGGGCAGGGAUGUCCUUUGAUGGCAUCAAGACUUUAGCUUUUGGUGCGCUGUGUCCCAGCUCUGAUUUCAGUUGCAGCCGUGAUGGACAGUUGCAUGGAAGCUGAGACUCUCACUGACAGUGAAACCCUCAAAUGAACACAAUCCCUGCUUUCCUGGCCAGGAUCCUUGUAGGGUCCCCCAGCUUCCCCACUUUUUUUCUGCGUCCUGACAAAGAAACACAGAGUAACUUGAUUGCCCUGUGACCUGGCCAGCUGCAUGUCCCCUGGGGCUGAGCCAGAGCCUUGAAAAGGUAUUCAGGUUGUUGCCCAAAACACUGAAAAAAACUGGCCCUGGCCCUGAACCAAAUGCCUUGAACGCUCAUAAACUCCAUACCCUGACCCCCUUGUUUUGGAUAUACCUAGGCAGAACAACUCUCUCUCACUGUCUGUUGUGAGGAUAUGCUGUAGCCCACUUGUUAAGUACAUUCUCCUAAUAAAUGCUUUGGACUGAU